AUGCCCACAUACGACCGUGAAACAGGCGUCUACGAGUACAAGGCCAGCCAUGUGCUGCCUAUCAUCUUUGCCAGCGUGCUCAGUCUAUCGUUGGGCAUGCACAUCUUCCAGAAUACUCGCUAUCGGUUCUGGAAAAUCACCUUUUGGAUGUUCUGGGGCUCCCUCGUCUACGUGAUCGGCUGGGUGCUGCGCGCCAUCUCCAGCUACAACACUCAAAACACCGACCUCUACAUUGCCGGCACAGUCUUCAUCUACGCCGCUCCGCCGAUCUUCUCCGCCUCGGCAUACAAUCUCCUCGGCCGGAUAAUGCACUAUAUUCCCAUGUUUGCCUGGCUCAACCCCAACCGCACAAUCUACUUCUUUGUCUACAUCGGUAUCGUUGUCGAAGGUCUCACAGCCGCAGGUGGCGCGCGUAUCGCGACAGCCAUCGAGCGACCGGAGAUCUACCGCACGGGCGCAACCCUAAUUGCAGUAUCCGUGAUCCUGCAGUGCGUCGUUGAAGUCUUCCUCGUCGGUAUUGUCGCGACCCUCCACCGCCAGUGCGCAUCCCGAGACCUCCUCCCGCGUAAUCUCAGAUUUGUCUUCUACACCCUUUACGGAACCUCAACCCUGGUUCUCGCCCGCUGCCUCUACCGCGCCGUCGAGGCAAUCUAUACAAUCGACCCGCCUCACAUUUCCUGCAACACCACAUGCCAAUACUUCCAAACCAACGAAUGGCUCCUGUACGCCUUUGACGCAGCACCAAUGAUUCUAUUUACAUUCUGGAUCAACCUCAUGCACCCGGGCCGCUACCUCCCGCGGGACAAGACGCGGUAUCUUGAUUUCGACGGUGUCACGGAGCGCAUGGGACCUGGGUGGAUGGAUUCGAGGUCGAAGUUUGAGACGUUUAUCGAUCCGCUGGAUCUUGCGGGCAUCAUGAACAAGAAUAAGCACCAUACAAAGUACUGGGAGACGCCAACUCAGUGGCCGGCUUGCGAGGAUGCGUUUACGUUGGGGACUGCGUCGAACGUCAAGGGGCGAGAGGAUGCGGCGAAGCCUGAGGGUGUCUAG